UAAGCCUAACACUUUCCAUGUUACUUAAUUUAAUGAAGUGUCAGAAAGUAAAGCACUGUUCUAGCCAUAGAAACAAACCAAAAGAAAUAGGGUUGUCAUAGUAUUGAGUCCACAGGCCAAUCGUUUUUUUAUGUUCCUUUGUCCCACUAUAGGGGCCAGUAAUGAGCCUGCCGCGUGGAUGUAAAGCAUUAAAUAAAGCUAAGCUAAUGGCUAAGAAUAAAUGUAGGGAACCUCUUGAAGGUGCAUGAUACGGAAUAUACGGUCAUGUAUGAAGGAAACGAGAUUAAUACCGAAAGACUUUUCUCUUUUUUUGUCAGAUUACCUCCUGUUUAAACCUCCAUUCCGCUUGGCGGCGCUAAUGAAUAUACACCUUUGUCAGCCAACGGCCGAACAACCCAGAAGAAGAGGAGAAACAUGGCGGCUCAGGAAGGCAUGUCAGCACCGGCUCCUGGCCACCGUGUCUUCCCUGCUUUCCCUCCGGUGGCUCUGUCCGCCGAGGCCGCCCCGUUCACUCCCAUGGCGGGGGACGGCUGGCGGCCCGACUCGUCACCGGAGGCCGAGAAACAGUUUUCCCGCUGCGCCGCAAAACUCCGAGCCCUGCGGGCAGACUCAGGCCAGCUGAGAGAGGAGCUCAACCUGCUGUUUGACCAGCUGCUGUCCGAAAACUACAACAAAACCGUCGACCCCAGCAUCAACAUCCAGCCAGAGGAUGUGUGCAGUCUGCUGAGACAUGUCAGCUCUCUUGUGCCGCUGACUCAAGAACAUUUAGUCAUCAAACUCUGCCAGCUAGUACACCGUCUACUCAAUCAACUAAAGGUAAUCAUGGACCAACAGACACUGGAUGUGUUGGUGACUUAUACUGCCAGUGCAUUGAAAGUAUGUAGUACAUGGACACACUCAGAUGUCCUCCUGGCACUCUCCACAGCAGUGUAUGGGAACGGAGCACAGUGUCACCGGCACCUCGGUGACUUACUGGGUGAAGAUGGAGUCCUUCUGCAGUAUAGCUCUCUAUCUCAGCCAAAUAUGGAGUUGCGCCGUGUUGCUCUUACCUGUAUGACCAACAUCUGUCUCAGGAUCCCUGGUCAGCCGCCUUUGGAUGAUCAGUACAGAAGUCUAUGCUUCAGAGUCUUCCUGAAAACGCUGCAUUCACCCAAACCUCCCAACACUGACGAGCUCUUCUACUGCCUGGUGGUCCAAGCAGCACUGAAGGGACUGCAGUGUUGUCUCUCAGGUGGGAAGUGGAAAUUUGGCGGAGGGGAGGAGCUCGGGUCCGUACUGGCCGUGCUUAAGAGGCUAAUGUUCCAGGGAGCUCCAGGUUUGAGUGUCGACUGGCCGGCUGUGCUUUACCCAGCACCUCUUCCACAGUAUGAGGGUCUCUCUGCAGCAAAACCUGCGGAACCACCAAAAUCUUCAGAACCACCGAAGGAUACCGCUGUGUCAGGAAAGUCCUCAGGGAAUAAAAAGAAGAAAUCCAAAGGAAAAGGGAAGAAGACGAAAACUGAGGAGAGCAGAGGGGAUGAUGGAGAGGAAGAAGACAGAGAGACAGUGCCUGCACUUCAGAGAGGAGGGGUGAGAGAGGGAGAGACUUCGACCAAAAUAUCUGCCUCGUUUCUCUACCCAUCCUGGAAGCGAAACAGUUCAGACUCUGAGUUUUCUGACCCAGAAGGCAACGCACAGAGCAAAUUAAGACUUAACCAUGCACGUGUGCGUCAGGGAGCACUGCACUGUCUGUUGGCGGUGGUGAAAGCUGUAGAGAGGAGGACUCUGUACGGCUACUGGUCCUCCUUCAUCCCUGACUCGCCUGUUGGGGGACCACCACCUCUUACUCUCCUCACAAUUGUACUGAAGGACCCUUCGCCAAAGGUGCGGUUGUGUGCGCUUCAGGUGUUGUGUGCCAUGCUGGAUGGCUCCCGUCAGUUCCUGGCCAUGGCCGAAGAUACAGCGUCUCCUCGAACAUCUUAUACCCCGUUCUCCUUUACGCUGGCUACUGCCGUCAGGGAGCUUCAUCGGUCUCUUAGUCUGGCUCUGCUGGCUGAGACUUCCCCUCAAACACUCACGCAGGUCAUAAAGUGUCUGGCCUACCUGGUGGCUAAUGCUCCCUAUCAUCGUCUCAGACCUGGUCUACUCACCCAGCUCUGGAAGCACAUUCGUCCUUAUGUGCGCCACAGAGAUGUGAAUGUGCGUGUGUCGGUGAUGACAUUUUACGGGGCUCUGGUGACAACUCAGGCUCCUCUCCCUGAGGUGCAGCUUCUCCUCCGACAGCCGGACGACAGCGGCAGCAGCAGCACCCCGCAGGACUCAGGUCUCAGCUGGAGACAAAGAGACGGGAUGUCCUCGCCCUCUCGUACACCGUCCCAGCGGAGCUCGUGCACGCAGUCCCCUCGUGUUCCUCGCACGCCACAGGAGGGGGACGGCGGCCAGAUGUGGCUGCUGCAGCUGUGUGUGUCGCUGGUGACUCAGCCCAGAGAAGACCAAUCAGACAGCGAGGGAGCAGGAGGAGGCACUGCUUUAGAGCCCUCUCCUGUUCGACUAGAAGCUCUACAGGUCCUGUCCCACCUGGUGCGUGGCUACUUCUCUCUAACCAAAGUAUAUCUGUGCGAGAUUGGCCAGGUGAGCGCUCGCUGCCUUGGGGAGAGCGACCCCUCCCUACAGCUGCAUGGAGCAAAGUUACUAGAGGAGUUUGGUACAGGAAUAAUCCAGCAGUACAGAGCAGAAAACAAUGUGCCGGAGACCUCAAGGGUCCCCUUAAAACAAGUGGUACAGUUUUGGUCAGAAGUGUUGAGCGGCCCGCUGAACGGAGCGCUGCAGAACGAACAACAUCCCACACUGCAGGCGAGCGCCUGCGACACACUUUCCUCCAUCCUGCCACAAGCUUUUGCACAGCUACCUGACAAGACCCAGAUGAUGUGCAUCACCGUGCUGCUGGGGCUGACCUACAUUGAAAACUAUCUGGUGAAGACGGCAGCCGUCAGAGCUUUGGGAAUCUACGUACUGUUCCCGUGUUUGAGAGAGGAUGUCAUGUUUGUGGCCGAUACUGCAAAUACUGUCCUCGCUGCCCUUGAUGAUCGAUCUACAAAUGUUCGUGCCAAGGCUGCCUGGUCCCUCGGAAACCUCACAGACACACUUAUUGUUAAUAUGGAGAAUAUAGGUGUGGACUUCCAAGAGGAGUUUUCAGACAUGCUGCUGCUCAAGAUGCUGCAGGCAGCCACCCGAGCUGCGGCCGACAAAGACAGGGUAAAGUCUAACGCAGUGCGAGCGCUCGGAAAUCUGCUUCAUUUCCUGCGUGAGAGUCAGAUGACCCGGUCUGCGUUCCAGCGCCCACUGGAAGAUGCAGUUCGUGCUUUGGUUAAAACUGUGCAAUCAGAGGCCACGAUGAAGGUCAGGUGGAACGCCUGUUAUGCCUUGGGAAAUGCUUUCAGAAACCCCGCCUUGCCACUUGAUUCAGCCCCGUGGUCUCACGACGCCUUCGCUGCCCUCUGCCAUGUUGUUACCUCCUGUAAGAACUUUAAAGUGCGGAUCAAAUCUGCCGCUGCCCUGGCUGUUCCUGCCCAUCGCGGCUGCUAUGGGGACACAAAGCGGUUCAGCUGCGUGUGGCAGUCGCUGGCGACGGCGCUCGAGAACAGCGAAGAUACAAACGACUUCUUGGAGUACCGCUACAGCGCCAGCCUGCGACACACACUCUCACAUGCUCUCCUACAUCUGCUCAGCGUCAGCCAGUUGCAGGACAUGACCGCCCUCAGGGAAUCGCUGGACGGUGAGGAGGGGAGCAGCAUCAGAGAGCAUUUGAUCAAGUGUCUUAGAGCAGAAGAAGGAGCUGGAGGAGGAGGUGAAGAGGCUGAGGGAGAGAAAGAUGCAGGAGGGGACAGUUGUCACUCACAGCAGAGGAUUGGAGGUCUGCAGCAGACUUUGAUUAGACUGAAGGGGUUAAAGGCUGACGGGGAGGAGGAGAGAAGUAAGGAGAUGGUGGUUCUUUUCCUGGAGGAUUUACUAAAGACUUGUGAAGAGACUUGAAAUAUCAUAUAUAUAUAUAUAUAUAUAUAUAUAUAUAUUUUUUUUUUUUUUUUUUUUUUUUUUUUUUCAGCAUUUUGCUACAGAGAUUAUCACAUUUCAUAGAAGUGUAUAUAGUGUAUAGUACUUUGUCUUAUGUUGAAGACAAAAAUAUGAACCACAAGAGUCACUAUCCAACAGGAAAAUCCUCCAGUUCAACUCGCUCAUGAAAUCUAUCAUCUUGUCUACCAUGCAAUACCAUCAGGGGGAGUCUCAAAUUUAUUCUGAAAAAUGACAUUGAAUAAAACAUGAACCCAGAGUCAUAA